GGGAGCCAUCCCCUGUUGAGCCAGACGUGAUUAAGACAAAGAACGAGUAUUGCUGUAGUUUGGAAACAAUUGACACCGUCUUGGUAAGAUCCUGUGACCGGGUGUAGCCUCGAUUGGGAAUGUACACCUUUUCUUUUGAGAGACAUCUGACCAAUAGGGAAAGAUUUAAUUUGAAGAACCACCCAGGUGGAGGGAAUAAAUGUGUGAUCCGGGGAAUGUCUCAGGACUUCAAUCUGUGACCCCGCAAGGGAAGCAGUUGGAGUCCGCUGUUUAGUGUAUUUGUUUGUCAUGUCACAUGACCGUUUUUAUGUGACUCCGCAAGGAGAGCAUGAGAUCAGUCCGCUGCAGUGUAACAUUUGUGUUUUGACUGUCGUUUUCACCGUGUUGUUUUAUUAAACCUUUUAGUUAACUUUCAAUUCCCCCAGCCUCUCCUCCUUCCUCCAGAAAUCAGAACGAACACGUUUUUUAGAUAAUUUCUUAACACAACCCAACGAGCAUGGAGCAAAUCCUUAGAAACAUACCCAGAGUAGUCACAAUUGUCGCCUUCUACCAUGAUACUGAUGUGGUUGGGACCCUCUGACCUAUUAGUCUUGAUGUUCAUCCUUUGUUCAGCAAGGUCAUGUGACAUACAGCCUUCAUCAGCAUCCUAAAUUAGCAAGAACAUUGUGUAUUUUAGACUUUAUAGCCAAAGGGGAAGAUCUUAAUUGAAUCUCCCAAAUUGCAAAUAGGAAGAAAACUCUUAGCUGUCUUGUAAAGCUAAAUUAUUAAGACUGUAAAGUAAAUAGUAGACAUAUAAUAUAGCUGUUAGUAAUGCAUUUAUUGGGAGAAAGACACAAGUAAACUGAUAACUUUUGAAUUCUGCCAGUUGGAGAAAUCAGAUUGAGAAGGCAAGCAUUUAGUAACUCCUAUUUUUGCAGUAAUACUAAAAAUGACCUUAAUGAAAACAACAUAUACACUUAAACAGAGGACAAUUACUUGACUCAACAAAACUCACUAGCUUGCCAAGAAUUACUGGGACUGACUGUAUUUUGUGAUUAGUUCUUCCCAUGAUAUACUAGAUGGGAGAGAUCAGAGGGAUAGAUCCCAUUCUUUAGAUUUGAAAAUGUACUUCCACUUACUUUUUUAAAAGUUGAUCUGUAGAUUCCCCAAAGUACACCAUAUUGCUGCUCAGAUUGCUUGGAGCCUGAAAUCUCAGUGUCGGUUAAUAUAUUGUUAAUAUCAUUGUUAAUAUAUCCACUUGCAUUUAAUAGUCCAGGACCUGAGGCCGUGCCUGAACAAAAUGCAAAUAAAAAAAAAAUCUUGUUUAUUAACUUCGCUGGUAUUUAUCUAGUGAUGGUGUUAACCCAACAACGCCCUUAUUUAACCUCACAGUUUGCUCACCUGAUGGUUGCUCAAUACAAACAGUCAAAUUAAACUUCUUUAUACUUCGUUAAACAAUAUAUUUACACAUAGUCACAUAGUCUUUUAUUAUGUAAAGGUUACUAUUGGUUUUUUAUUAAAUAUGAAUUAACCUCAGUCUCAGUUUUUACAGUGUAGGUCAUCUCAGGCCAGAUGGGAUCCAGUAUGUGUCAUUGAAAGCAGCGCUAUUUCGUCAGCCAAAACUUUAAAAAAAACUAGAAGGGCACUUGAGUGCAGACCUUUGACCAGGCAUGCCCUAUCUCACAACGUUAAUGCAGUGUGAAUUUUCUCAGGAAAUAAUGCUGCUUGGUUCUUUCAGAGAAUGACAUUUACGACGUUUUGGGACAGAUUGGCGGGGAAUUGCUACUGACAAAAUACACACAGUGAUACACUGGUUAGAGCAAAUUAUUUUAAUCAUGUAUGCAUCUAAUUUAAAUAGCUCACAUAACUGUAUUGUGUGAACAGUUAACUCCAUUUAAUAUUAUAUGUGGUGUUUUCUUUAUCGGGGUGCAAAUGUUCCACCUAAACAAGUUCCUUUUCGAGAACAUUUUACAGAGGCACAGUCGCUGCAUCUGGGGAGAAAUCUGCUUUUUAUGUAUUUUAUUAUAUAGCCUACUGUAUAUAUAUCCACCAACCAGUUGGAAUUGGAGUUGUAGUAUUUUCAGAUGAUUGUGAUUGGUUUAAAGAAAUGUCAACAACCCACAGGGAUAAGGAUAAUCCUGUUUUUUUGGAUCAAAUAGAUUACAAACCAAGUUGAAAGUUUUGAAAAACCCAAAGAGCAGGUUUGAUCCAGAUCAAAUUUAAGAUUGGAUUACAUGAUCUGAUCUUAGUUCAGAAUCCCUCUUUUGCUUUUGUAAAACUCAUUUACAAGAUUUGAUCCAAUCCGUGAUCCAAAAUCCCACUGGAUUACUUUUGAAAAACUGGGCCCAGGAGUACCACCUUCUGCCCUCUGGGCGGAGGUAUAGGGUCCCUCGGCUCAGGAGCUCCAGAGCUCAAAGCUCCUUCAUUUCUAAGGCAAUUGCUGAACUUUAGUUCAACUUGUUAUUUAUGUUUGAUUUUUACAACACUGAGCAAAUGUUUUCUCUGAGAAUAUAUGUUUAACGAAGUAUAAAGAAGUUUAAUUUGACAGACUUUUAUCCGUCAGGACAAGUGAUGAGUGUCUGUAAUAAAAUUAAAUAUCUGGGUCACCACAUUACAGAUCAGUUAUCUGACGAUGAGGAUAUAUAAAUUUUGGUAAGAAAAUUCCACAUGAGCACCAAUGGCGUCAAAAUUACCGUAGUCUGUUUAAGUAUAUUGCACUUCUUUGUAUACUGCUCCCUUAUGGACUAAGUUUAAAAAGGCAAGCAUGCAGAAGCUUAAGGUUGCCUAUAAUGACUGUAUGAGGAUACUGCUCAACAAACCCAGGUGCUCUAGUGCAAGUGACCUGUUUUGUAAUGCAGGGGGCGGCAUCUUCCAGGCAUUAUUGAGAAGUCUUAUCUACAGUUUAAUUUGUCGCCUGAGCGUCUCCCAGAACAGCAUUUAUAUGCUGCUGGCAAAUCCUAGGUGUAGUGCCAUACCAAUCAUUACUAUGGAAACACUGGUAUAAGUGUCUUUUAUAAAAAUGCAGUAUUGUUGUUUCUUUUGUUUUUAUUUCUCUGAAUAUGUUUAUCUUUCUCUUUUUAAUUUAUGUUGUAUGUCAUAUCUGUGUCUUCUGAAUGGACCUUGAGUCUGGCAAUAAAGAUGAUGAUGAUGAUGAUGUUUGUAUUGAGCACCUGUCAGCACCAGGAAGGCUGAAGCCACACAACGACACUGAGAUAGACGAAGAGAAGAUCAUUCUGAAACAGGUUACCAUCAUCUUUAACAACUCCGCCAUGAAGAUGCUGACUGUGUGUGCACUUCUGUGUGCAAUGGUGGCUCUGACUGGAGCUUAUAUUUUGCCCGAAACUACUACGACUCCAAAUUUGCCUGUAACAGAGGACCAUUUUGGUGGCUGGAGGCCAUAUUGUCCUGACGGUUGGACUAUGUUCAACACUCGUUGUCUCCUCUACGUUCCAAAGAUUAUGACUUGGGCUCAAGCUGAGCAACACUGCAAGUACAUGAAUGGAAAUCUUGCAUCUGUAAUCAACACUCAGUACUCUGACGAGAUUCGAAAGGUGUUGCAGAGUGCCGGUCAAAAGUCUAAACAGAUAUGGGUUGGAGGCUAUAAUACACCAGAGCGUCCUUCUUGGUCCUGGACCGAUCCUUUUAUUUCUCACGGAUUUCAUGACUGGUGUAUCCACUCCACUGUGGAGCCCAAGAACCACUGUCUACAAAUAACCUUUGAAGAAAAUGCGUCAGGAUGCUUGGACGACAUGCAGUGUGAUGCUGAGCUCCCCUCAGUCUGCAGCAUUGUCAUCAUGUGAAUCCUGGGCUGAAAAAGAGGCACGAUCCAUCUGUAUCUUACAGCUUUAUUUCUAGUUAACAGCUGAGAUACAUCGCUGUUCACAUCUGUGUCUAUCAUGCAUCUCCAGCUGAUUUAUAUAUACAUAUAUAUAUAUAUAUAUAU